AUGCAUGGGGAAGAAGUUUGGGAUGGAGAAGAAGUUUGGAAUGGAGAAGAAUCUAUUGGAAUGGAGAAGAAUCUACUAAUUAAGGAAGCAGAAGAAGUUAAGGAGGAUGGACAAGAGUUUAGGGAAGGAGAAAAAGUUAAGAAUGAAGAACAAGUUAGGGAAGGAGAAGGAGUUAAGGAUGGAGAACAAGUUAGGGAAGGAGAAGAAGAAGUUAAGGAUGGAGAAGUAGUUUGGGAUGUGGAAGAAGUGAAGCAAGGAGAAGAAUUUAAGGAAGAAGAAGAAGAAGAAGUUUUGGAUGGAGAAGAAGUUAAGGGUAAAGAAGAAAGUAUGGAUGGGGAAGAAGGUUGGGAUGGAGAAGAAGUUAAGGAUGGAGAAGAAGUUUGGGAUGGAGGAGAAGUUUGGAAUGGAGGAGAAGAACAGAAGUAUGGAGAAGAAAUAAAGGAAGAAGAAGUUUAG